AUGUUCAGACAAAAGAAAGCUGAUGAGCCGUGCUACAACGACGAUGAGCGGCAAAGGCAGUUGGCGCUGCUGCCACGCGAUGCGGACACAUUUUGGCGCAACGAUCGCGAAACCUCCACCUGCAAGCUGAGCGGACAUGCGCAGAUGAAAAAGUCAAUGCACAAAGGCAUGAGCUUCACGCAUCGCGAGCGGCAGCUGCAUUACAUACACGGCCUGAUGCCUGUGGCGGUGCGCAGCAUGGAGCAGCAGGUGAAGGCGUGUGGCGAGUACUUCAGCAGCAUGAGCAAUCUGUUUCAGAAACUGGUGUAUCUGUCCGGCAUGGAGGCGAGCAAUCGCAAGUUGUUCUAUGCGCUGCUCAUAGACGAUCCAAAGCGCUACAUGCCGCUGCUGAGUGCGUCCAGCUCGGAGCAUAUGGUGCAGCACUAUAGCAACUUGUGUCUAACAGUGCGUGGCAUGUUUGUGAACAUAAAGGACAAAGGACAUAUCUAUGAGCUGCUCAAAAACUAUCCGCAGCGUUUGUCUGUGCGCUGCCUGAUGGUGACCAAUGGCGCCAGUGUGCUGAGCAUAGGAGAUUAUGGCGCCAAUGCUAUGGCGGGUGUAGUCUACGAAAUGCACAGCCAUGUGGUGAACGGUGGCAUGUCGCCGGAGCAGUGUCUGCCCAUUUGCUUGGAUGUGGGCACCAACAAUGCAGCGUUGCUGCAGGACGAUCUAUAUGUGGGACUCAAAGAGCCGCGCGUGGUUGGUCCAGCAUUCGAAGCGUUCUUCGAGGAGUUUACGCUCGCAGUGAUGCGCAUCUUUGGCCCACGCACGCUCAUACACUGCCAGAACUUUGAGUCCAGCCGGGCGGUGCGACGACUCGAAAUGUAUCGCAAGCGUCAGUGCUAUGUGGACGUGAACAUGCAAUGCCGCGCCGCAUGCGCGCUGGCAGCUGUGCUGGUGGUUAAUCAGCUCAACAAUGCGCCGUUUCGCAGCAACAUGCUGCUCUUCUAUGGCGCCGACUGCAUCAACGUGGGCAUGGCCAGACUGUGUUUGGCUUAUCUGAUGCGCGACGGGCUGAACGAGCUGGCGGCGCGCAAGCGCAUUUGGUUCUGCGAUGCGCACGGACUGAUUGUGCACAAUCGUUGCAAGCAGCGCGUGCCGGAGCAGCUGGAGGAGUUCAAGCAGUGGCAUGCGCCCAUUGAUAGUCUGGUCGAGGCGAUUGCAGCGCUGCAGCCGAAUGUUUUGAUAGGCGGCAGCUCUGAGCCGCUGGCUUUCGACAAGGCAGUGCUCAAUGCCAUGGAGCAAAGCGCGCAGCUGCCCAUUAUAUUUGCUCUAAGUCAACCCAUGUCGCGUGCCGAGUGCACUGGGGAUCAGGCGUUUGUGCAUACCAAGGGACGCUGCUACUUCAUCACCGGCUCUGAAGCGCCGCCUGUCAAAUAUGCCAACAAAAUCUAUCAGCCUGGCUUCUGCAGCACGGACUAUAUGCUGCCUGGGAUUACGCAGGGCGUCACUUUGAGCGGCAUGACGCAUGUGCCAGACGAAACCUUUUGCGUUGUCGCCGACUGCCUCUCGCACUUGGUCUGGCCCAAUGAUCUAGCGCGUCGCUAUGUGUAUCCGCCCAUGCGCAAGCUGCGCUGCGUCAAUCUGCGCAUUGCCGAGGCCGUCUUCAUGUACGCCUAUCGCCGUCAGCUGGCCACGCUCUGGCCACGCCCAGACAACCCACGCACUUAUAUCGCCAGCAAGCUCUACAAGCGCGAGUACAGUCCGGAGCUGCAGCGCACCUACUGCAUGUCCUCGCACCUCAUUGGCACUGCCGAGUCGGCAGCUUUUUAUAAAGAAAAUGCAUAA